UGUGGGUGUGAGACGGAGGAAGUAACAGGUCAAAAGAAAAGAAUGCAAGUGGCCAGAAAGACGAACGCACAAACUGGCGGAUGGCAGCUCGGCUUGCAACAACCUGCCGACACCCCCUCUGGAAUUCAACGGGAGGCGGGGGGCGCAUCCCCCGUUUGAAUUCUCCCUCUCUCUCCCUUUUUGUCUUUCAUCCUUGCGAGAGCACAGACAAAAAAACUCCUCUGUUUGCCUAAGACGUCCCUACGAGCCGCAUCACCGCCCCAUCCCCCUUUCUUUCUUCGUCCGUGUCUGUGCACAUCCGCGCAUUCCAGUCUCUCUCUCCGCACACACGAAAACUAGACACACCGUUUCAAACAAGGCCCCCCGCCUUCUCCUUAAAAUAUACCAUAAUUUAACAAGGGCUAUAAAACAAACGCCCUUUAAACAUCGAAUGCAGGGCCGAUCUAAGAGGCGUGCGUGUUCUCUUUAAACGAGUGAUUAUUAUGCGACUCGGCUGCUUACGUAUCCCUCCGCCCAGCGGUGCCGCUGCACGGCUCAGCUCUGAAAGUUAACAAAAAAGUUGGCGUCUGAGAAAGUGGAGGAAACGCAGACUCGUGUGGCGCCGGUGCCGUUUUGGGAUAAGGCUUAGCGGGCGCUCUCCCGACGCAGGAAAGCGGGAAGAAAAAGAAGAAAAGAGUGAUUCAAAGGAAGAAAGGGGGCGAAAGGCAUGUUUGGUGGGGGAGUCUGUUGAAACGGCGCCGCCGGGAUGGAGCAGAGCAGAGGCAGCGCCGCGCGUACAGGACGCCGACUCCGAGUUUAGCAUCAAUUCGAUUGGCGUCGAGACGGGAGCUGCGGAGCAUCUGCAGGACUGAGAAUUCAGAUCGUCGGCUCCAUGGAUCGACUUGGGACAAUACUUUUGGAGAAACUCAAACUCACCGACUCCGGCAGCGCCAAGUUUGCCAUCUCCAGGAAAAAGGACGACUCGGCGGCGAAGCUGAAAGCGCCCGCGGACAAGGCAAAGCGCGGCGCGUGCAACCAGGAGGAGCCGGCGGUCCCCGCCGACGCGCCUCCCGCGCCCCUCCGCUCCCUGCGCAGGGCCGCUCCGCCCGAGGACCAGGAUGUGGCGGGGCCUCCGGACAGCGAGCCGGAGCGCGUCUCCUACAGGCGCCUGUCCCUGGACACCCACAGGCACCACCGCUACAGCGGCAGCGAGUACUGUGACGAGAGACCCAAGCGCCUGUCCCUGCAGGAGUCCGGCCUUGUCCACUUGCGGCAGCUGGAAUCGGGCUGCUGCCCCCCGCCGCCCUACUACGGCAGUACCGGCCUCAGCCCCCGACUGACCAGCCCCCGCUCCAGCUAUGCCAGCAGCGAUCUCAGCGGCAGCCCUCGCGCCAGCGUCAACCUGGAGAGCCGCUCUAGCAGCAAUCGCACCAGCGGCAUCAGCAUGGGCUACGACCAGAGACUGUGCUGGAGCGGCUCGUGUACCAGCAGCCCGCAGUCGAGUGCCAGCCUGCAGUACCAGCCCAGCCAGCUGCUCAGCUGCCCGUCACCCUCCAGCCUUGUGGCUGCGGCGCUCAGCGCUGGGGGGCGGAGUGGUCCCGUCUACCCACCGGACAAAUGGGACAUGGACUGGAAGGCUACUAGAUUGUACAGGCAGCCACUGCGAGCUGGGUGCCAUGGCGGGGUGGGUCAAGACAGUCGUCAUUCGUACCCACCGGCCCUGGGGAGUCCGGCCGCUGCCUGCUUCUUUGAACGGGAUGCUGCCCGACGGUCAGUGGCAGGAUACCCUCUGGAGCAGCAUAUGCGCCACUCUGCUGGUGCCCACUUCCAGGAGGAGGUGGAACUCAUGCUGGCCAGAAAUAGCAUGCUGGAUGGUGCUACCUCAGCUCAAGACGCUCCACUGCCCCCCUUGCACUCUACACUGGGCAUUCCAAGCGGCGAGGUGGCUGCCAGUCAGAGCAGAUCUCUGGGUAUCCCCGGGCACCCUGUCAUGUCUGCUGGGGUGAGCCGACCACAGGAGCAGCCAGUUUGGCCACAGGCUGACACAAAAGAAGAAUACUUUGGACCCUGCAUUAAGUGCAACAAGGGGGUGUAUGGCAGAGAGCAGGCUUGCCAGGCGCUGAGCAGCCUGUUCCACACCCAGUGCUUUGUGUGCGUCUCCUGUGGACGGACCCUCCGCGGUAAAUAUUUUUAUAAUGUGAAUGGCUCUGUCUACUGUGAGGAAGAUUACAUGUUCUCAGGCUUCCAGGAAGCAGCAGAGAAGUGCUGUAUCUGUGGCCAUCUGAUUUUAGAAAAUAUCUUACCGGCACUUGGAAACUUCUACCACCCUGGCUGCUUCCGCUGUGUGGUUUGCAACAAAGCCCUGGAUGGCAUCCCUUUCACUGUCGACUACCAGAAUAAAGUCUACUGUGUGACCGACUACCACAGGAUUUUUGCUCCAAAGUGUGCGGCCUGCAGUCAGCCUAUUCUCCCUGCAGAGGGCUCUGAGGAGAUCUUCCGGGUCAUAUCCAUGAACAAGGACUACCACUUCCACUGCUAUCACUGUGAGGACUGUGGCGUGCAGCUGUGUGACAAGGAUGGACAGCAAUGUUACCCACUCGACUCCCACUUGCUUUGUCACACGUGUCACCUGCACCGAGUGAGCACGGCUCCACCAUUAGCCAUGGGCUACAAACAGUAGUCCCCAGCGGUGACACGUUGUAAAUAUGCACUGGAUUACUAGCGCUGAGGUGACACAGUGACGCCAGCCCAGCGCCCACCCGUGUGGCUCUCAUUCCCUGCUGAAUGACACACCGUAGAAAUUAUGCAAAUUUCCAGCUGUAGAACUGUUUAUUUAGCAAUUAUUUUGCACUUAACUAAAUUUAUUCCAUAUUUGUAAAGUAUUAGUGUAUUUUGCAUUUUUGUGAUCUGUUAAGUGUACAAUUUUCUAUAUUUUAAUUAAAUAUUAUUUAAGAUA